GCUGGGGGGGCUGCAGCCCCCCCAAUUUCUCGAGAAUUUGUGUAUUCGGGCAAGCAUUUACAUGAUAUUCUGGCAAGAUACUUACUACAGUUUUUAAAUUUUCAAUAUUAAUCUACAUCAUUUCUAGAUCAUAAACUGCUUCGGUUCUUGAGCGUGAACGGUCUUUUAAUGGAUGGUUUUUAAAUUGUUUAAAUUACUUAAAUUUCAGGAGGUAAAAUAAAAAAUCGCGUAAAGUGAUUGGGUGCAAAAUUUUUCUUGAGACAUAAUAGGAGAAUUUUACAUCCGCCCCAUUAUAAUAUAAACAAAUUACGUCACGAGAAAUCGGUCUAUUUACUAGCGAUAUUGCGACGAAUAUAUUCGGUGUUUACAACUUUUAAACGAACACGAACGCCGAUAUUUUCAAUCAGAGCAAAGCUUUUGGUAUUAAAUUUAUCCACAUAACGUUCUCCAUUUAUAAAAAAGGGCUGAGGAAACUAUUAUCCACAAGGGGAAAACAUUUAGUAGCCAAGCUCUAAUAAAGCGUACAUAUGGCGUCUCGUAAACGACCGUAUCGACAUCGCGUUUGGUGCGAGGAAUGCAGCAAGGAAAUUGACAGUGAUUAUAAGGAGGUCCACUUUCGACGAGUUCACAAUAAUGAAAAAGUUAAGUGUCAUCGAGUGAUGGAUUCAUCGGAUUUAUCGCAGUCAAAGAUCAGUGGUUUCUUUGUAAAAAGUAACAUGACAACCAAGGAUGAUAACCUAACCUUACAGGAAACAGAAUCGAGUGCUAGUAAAGAUUUAGCAGCCACUGGGUCUUUUGAGGAAAAUCUACCUGAGAUUAAUUUGAAGGAGCCCAUAAGCGAAGACCAAACGGAACCAAUGAGAACGUUUAUUGAUGUUGAUGAAUUAAAUCCACUGACGCAGUUCAGAGAAAAUAAAGAAUUGAAUACGGUCACGGAUAAUGAAAAUCUUACUUCCAGUGACGCACUGUUCAUCGAAGAAUUUAACUUAAAUCAAAAUAUACAACGCGUUGCAACACCAGAAUCAACGACGACGUCUAACACUCUAGACACAACAGCAAUACAAGAUUUAGAUUCAACAGCAUCUGUUCUAAAUGAACAGACUAGAAAGGUUUCCUUAACAGUAUGA